AUGUCAAAUCGUGACUCGGAUGGAAAGGAGAAGACUGGUAAAGCUGUUGCUCUUGCUCUCGAGGCUCUGCAUAAGCAAGUCCUGCCCUUCCUCUUACGCCAGCUGAAAGAGGAUGUCUUGAAUGACCUACCCCCGAAGAUCAUUCAGGACUACUACCUUCUCAAGUCUCAACACACGCCGUGCCUGCCAGCGGGCCCAUCCAAUCUUCUAAAGCAAUCACAUUUGUCUGUCGACGACAAACCACAGGCACGUGCUGCGAGCGAAGCAGAAGCUCCCGGGGUCUGGAAGUGGAUUCCCGAGGAGAAUUGGCACGAAGAUGCAAAGACAAGAAGCGCCUCUAGUCCAAGGAUGCCAAGAUGGGCUGACUUAUGUGGCCUCUGA